AUGCCCGGCCACGAGUGGAGGUCUACGACCCGAACUACGACUCGCCUAAGUACGCGAUCAUCAAGUCGAUCCAGGACGACAUUAUGGCCAAGCUGUGCCACGGCGGUCUGCUCGGGGAAGAUCGACGUCAGCAUUGGCGCCUCCGGCGCCUUCGCUUUCGCUGGUGCCGCCGCAUUCGCGUUCGCCGUCGCCUUCUCUUUCGCUCUCGCCUUCGCCGUCGAGCCCGUCGGCCUCGGCGGUUCCUUCGAGCUCAGCCUCGGGCAGCCCUCGCCGGCUGCGAGCGCCUCGACCUCGUCCGCCUUCAGCUUCGCCAGUAGCUACGCAUUCGCCGUCGGCUUCGCUCUGGCUUCGUCGGCCUCGUCUCCGCCCUCCACUUCCGCCUAUCCGUCCUCCCCCUCGGCGUCGCCCACGCCCAGCACCGCUGCGCCUUCGCUGUCCGCAUUGGUCACGCCGGCGGUGGCCGCGUCGGAGGGCCUGACGGAACAGCACAAGAUGGCGGUGGGCCUGGGCGUGGCAGGAGGCGUGGCUGCGGCAGCGGCCGGCCUGGCGGGCCUAGCGGCUGCGGGCGUCGUGUUGGCCCGGAAGCGACGACAGUCAGCGCCGCAGGAGCCGGCCGACCCCUACUUCGUCGAGGAGGACGACCAGCGAGGGGUGGCCCACCAGAACGACAUGUACCAGGACCCCAGCAACCACAACCACCUCCACACCGACCACGUGUGA